UAUUCGAGAUGAUAGGCUAUCAUAGCCCAUAGAUCGUGUAUUAUCUAUUCUAUAGCCAUAGAAAACAGAUAAGAGAUAAAAUAUGGAUAAUAGCAAUAAUAAUUUAAGAACAACAUAAUAAUAUUACUAAAAAGUAAAUAGUGAAUAUUGUAAACAAGUCGUUUUUACUUUUACCUGAGUGCUAAGUCUUGAAAAUUUUCAAUAUCCAUUGUUUGUUAAUAAAGAAAAAACAAAUCUAACUUUUUAUUUGACUAAAACAAGGAAUAUAAUUUUAAUUUUAAUACUUUAUUAUUAACCUUCUCAUUACUCAAUUGCAUGUAGUUACCCAUGUUUGUUUUCGUUUGGAUAGUUACAAUUAAAAAUCAAUGGCGCUCACAAAUAAAUUAUUAUUGAGUCAAGUAGCAGGUUAUACCAUAGCAGCAAUUCUUUCACUAUGCAUCAUUAUACCAAUGAGUCUUCAUCAAGAUGAAUUUAAAGGACAUUGUCUUUUAUUCUCUUCUGGUCAAUGGCUUGAGAAGAAUGGUCAAUUUUUAGUAAAUUGGGCAUCUCAAGCUUAUUGUAACUAUUCAAUUUUUGUUGGAGUUUUGCUGUUAGUGAUAUCAUCAAUACAGACCUAUAGGAUGUCAAUUUUUGCUUAUAAAGGAACUGACAGUUCAUUUUUAUUGACAUUUAUUGAUGCCAUUACAUGUGUACUUAUGUGUAUUUUCACAAUCAAUGCUGCUCUGAUGAUAACAUUUGGAUUUAUGACUUGGUGUAAUGAUAUGAUUGAAAGAUUUCCAUCGUGUGAAAUGGCUGCUGGAAAUCCUAUUGAUAUUCAAGAUGGAAUUGAUACAUCUGGUUUUUACUUUCAACUUGGAGUAGCUCAGUUUGGAAUAUGGGCUUCAUGGUCUUGCUGGGUUGGUUUGACAGUUUGCACUAUGUGUAAACUUUGUUAUUAUCAUCAAAUGAGUAAUAUGAAAGCUUCAAUGUUACGAGAAAGACAGAAACUUAUUGAUGAAGGUAUGGCUGCGCCCACCAGAGUAACUCCAUAUACUACUCAAACAGAUACUACUUCAGAUGAAAGUAACAAUUCUAAAAUUGAAUCACAACCAUCGAAAUCUAUUGAUGUUAAAAAUAUUGAGUAGCUUAUGUUCUAAUUAUGUGUAUUUUUUUAUUAUUCCAUUAAAAUUAAAUUGUUAUAAAAUAUAAAAA